AACGACUUGCUCUGCGUUGGCCGUAACGCUGGUCCACCUUUCCGAUGGCCAUAGCUCGAUCCGACAUCCACCAACAUCAGCAAUGUUCUUCUCAACCUUCGCCCCGAUCCCGCUGAGCCUCAUCGCCCUCGCCGCCAUCACUGAUGCCUCGCCUUCACUGCAUCAGUUGGCCCUACGAGAUACGAUGGCCUACAAUGUGCUCGACGGGCAAAACUUCCCGGAUCCCAGCAGCAUCACCAUUGGCGGCGUGACGUACGUCUUCGGCACAACGACCGCCGGCCUGAACAUCGCCAUGACAAAGAACAAGAAUUUCGACGAUAGUGGCACCUGGGACCAGACGCUGGAAGAUCCCUUCCCGACCGACAACGUCCCAGCUUACAGCAAUUGGGCGACUGCUGAUACUACUUGGGCUCCGGACGUCAGCCAAUUGACCGAUUAUGACGGCUCAUUCGCCAUGUACUACGCUGCCGCUUUGAAAUCAAACUCGGCCGUACACUGCACCGGAUUGGCGCGGAGCGGAACUGUGACCGGACCGUACAACGACAGCUCCACCGAGCCCAUGAUCUGCCCCGAAUCUGCCGGAGGGGCGAUCGAUGCUUCCGGGUUUCUCGACCCCACCAGCAAGCUGCGCUACGUGGUGUACAAGAUCGACGGGCCGGCGGCGAACAAUGGCGGCUACUGCGCCAGCACCUCGUACACGAGCCCCAACACCAGUCUGAUGCUCAUCCAGACCGAAUCCGACGGCUACACGCGAGUCGCCGGGCCCGUGAAUCUGUACAACAACGAUGGUGUGGCGGACAGCUACAACAUCGAGGCACCCGUCAUCCGAUACAGCGGCGGAACGUACUUCCUGUUCUUCUCUUCCGGCUGCACGUCGUCCAACUCCUACACCGUGUCCUACGUCACCGCCACGAACAUCUGGGGUCCAUACGGUGAUCGGAAGCUGCUACUCGGCACCGGGGACGAUGGACUGUACGGGCCAGGAGGCGCCACGCCCGACUCCGCCACGGGCAACUUUGUCUAUCACUCAUUGGAGCAAAGCAACAACAUCGGUGCUGGAAGACAGCUCAAUACGGCUAGUUGGGCUGCGAACGGAGAUUCGAUUACACUUUCAUAGCCCGAGAAUUCAUUGCAACCGAGUCUUGCUACUGUCGAGUCCCGCGAUGUUCCAUCGGUCUCCCAGGUAUCAUCUCCCGUGGAAUGCAGUGGCGACUUGACGUGCCGUCAAGCCAACGAGCUUUCGACCACAGUAUUCAACGCAUCAAGCCUGUUGCUCGCGCUAUGCAAGAGCGUUGAAACGGAUGAUGAACAGCCGCGCUGAGCAGCCGGGUGGAAAGUCGAACCGAGUACUGCUCGAAGGCUAAAUGACGCUCAAAUGGCGACCUGGAGUAGAGUUGUGGAAAAGCGCGCACGCGGCCAACCGGAAAUAAGGUCCGACGAGAUACUUUACAGACGGGAUGAGGUGAUGUUGCCAAGGCCAAUGCGCGCCCGCGUUCCGCUCUUCCCGGCACUGGCAAAUGCGGGGACGGAAAGGCGACUGACCUCACGCUCUAAAUGCCGAACAU